CUUUUAUUUUGGUGUCUGGCCAGGAGAAUCACAGGAUUAUCGCUAGAAAUGAAUCCCAAAUCGGGCGGAGAUGAGAAUCCUUCGGUGGAGGAGCGUGCAGGAGUUGUCCGGGAAGUGGGAUCCAAUGCGGUCUGGAGUCUAUCUUCGUGCAAACCGGGAUUUGGCGUCGAGCAGUUGCGCGACAACUGCAUGGACACUUACUGGCAAUCCGACGGGACACUCCCGCACCUCGUGAACAUACAGUUCCAGCGCAAAACCACGGUGAAUCAAAUCUACAUCUACACAGACUACAAGCUGGACGAGAGCUAUACUCCCAGCAGGAUCUCCAUCAGAUCUGGGACGCACUUCAAUGACCUGCAGGAAGUAGAGGUGAUAGACUUGGUGGAGCCCACAGGCUGGGUGAUGAUUCCCAUCAGAGACAUCCGGGAGAAACCCAUUCGCACCUUUAUGAUACAGAUAGCCGUCAUAUCUAACCAUCAGAACGGCAGGGACACGCAUAUGAGACAGAUUCGCAUCCACUCGCCAAUCGAGGGUCGGAAUUGUCCGAUCGAGAACUUCGGCAACUUCAGCACGGUUCAAUUUCUGCAGUACUCGACAAUCAGAUAA